AUGUCUUUGCAGAGCUACAAAUGCAACUAUGAGGACUGCUCUAUUCACAAUCCCCAUAGUACCGAACACCCCCAUAGUCCAAGUUCUCCCUUAAAAGUCAAAUCCCCUUCUCUCCCUCCCUCCGAAGAUCUAGACGAUAUCUCCACUCUCGAGCUAGAUAGCCCACCGCCUUAUCUAUCCGAUUGCGAUACUCUAUCCACAGAAGAAGAGGGCGUGGACUCCGAGGAAGAGCAAAGCGAAGCAAUGGCUGAGUAUCAUGAGAGUAGGGACACAUUGAUGUCCUUUGCAGGGGGGAGUGGAAGGUCGGGCCUGCAUUAG